AUGGUUGAUAAAGUAUUUGUGACUGGAGCUAAUGGAUUUAUAGCACAACAUAUAAUUAAACAAUUACUUGAAAAAGGUUAUAAAACAGUUGGACUGGUUAGAACAAUUGAAAAAGGUGAAAUAUUAAAACAAUUAGUCAACAAUGAUCCAAAUUUCGAAUAUGUUAUAAUAAAUAGUUUAUUAUGUGAAGAUUCAUUUAGUAAUGCAUUAAGAGCUCACCCAGAAACUGAUGUAUUUAUUCAUACUGCUUCACCAGUUACAUUUUUUGCAGAAGAUUUAGAAAAUGAAAUUAUUAUACCUGCUAUUCAAGGAACUGCAAAUAUGUUAAACUCAAUAAAAAAACAUGGUCAUAAUGUAAAACAUUUAGUAUAUACUUCCUCAAUGGCAACAAUAGUAGAUACUACAGGAAAUGGUAGAAAUUCAAUAGGUAAAAUAUUAACAGAAGAUAGUUGGAAUAAAGUUGAAUAUAAUGAUGGAUUAAAAAAUGGUUAUAUGGCAUAUUGUGUAUCAAAAACUUUGAGUGAAAAAUUAAUUCAUUCAUUUAUAAAAGAAGAAAAACCUUCUUAUAGUGUUGCAUAUAUUCAACCAACAUAUGUAUUUGGUCCACAAGCUUUUAAAAUUAAAAAUUAUAAACAAUUAAAUUCAUCAGCUGAAAUGGUUAAUAGUUUAUUAAAUUUAAAACAAAUUGAUAAAAUUCCACCAAUAAAUGGUGAUUAUAUUGAUGUUAGAGAUGUUGCAAAAGCUCAUAUUUUAGCAUUUGAAAAUCACAAGGAAACAAAUAAUAAAAGAAUGGUUUUAACUGAUUCAAUUUUCACAAAUGAAUUACUUUGUCAUAUUAUAAAUAAAAAUUUCCCACAAUUAAAUAUACCAAAAGGUGAUUUAGUUGAAAAUGAAAGACAAAUAAAAGAAGAUGCAUUAAUUGGUGAUUAUCAUAAAACUCGAGAAUUGUUAAAUAUUGAUUAUAUACCAAUUGAACAAAGUAUUGUAGAAAUGGUUCAACAAAUUAUUGAUGCAAAAGAAGCAGAUGAAAAAUUAAAAAAUUAA